AUGAACAAGGUGCAGUCCAGAGUUCAAAGACUCCAUAUUUCAUCCGAGACGAGAGUAGCGGCCCAGAAAAACAACCAGGAGUUUUUGCUCUCGAGUCUUUUCGAUGUCAAAGGGAAAGUCGCCCUCAUCACCGGCGGCGGUUCCGGCAUCGGGCUGAUGGCCACCCAAGCCCUAGCCGUCAACGGCGCCAAAGUGUACAUCGUCGGCCGAACCGAAGAGAAACUGGAGCGGGUGGCCGAGCUAUACGGCGCCAACAUCGCCGGGCAGAUCAUCCCCCUGACGGCGGACACGUCGCAGAAGGCGUCUAUCGCGCAGCUCGUCGAGACGUUUACGUCUCGCGAGAACCAUCUGUCUGUCUUGAUCAACAAUGCCGGCAUCGUGGGCCAGGCCCGGCAGGACGUCGAGCGCCAGCAUCCGGAGACGCUGCGCCAGACGCUCUUCGACGACGAGUCGGCCACGGAGAACGACUGGGAGAGCGUGUACCGGACGAACGUGUGCCAGCUGUACUUCAUGACAGGGGCGUUUCUGCCAUUGCUGCAGAAGGGUACUGAGGCCGAGACCGCCCAGCAGGAGGGCUUCUCCAGCACCGUCAUCAACAUCACCUCCAUCUCCGGCAUCGUCAAGACCUCGCAGCACCACUUCGCCUACAACGCCUCCAAGGCAGCCGCCAUCCACCUGACCAAGAUGCUCGCGCACGAGAUCGCGUCGUCCGGGCUCAAGAUCCGCGUCAACAACAUUGCUCCGGGGGUCUUCCCCAGUGAGAUGACUGCCCAGGAGAGCGAUGAAAGACAGAAGAGUUUCCUCCCCAAGGAGCAGUACGAACGGAAGGUCCCGGCUGGUCGGCCCGGGAAUGACCGUGAUAUGGGCAGUGCGGUCCUGUUCGCGGUCGCUAAUCAGUAUCUGAAUGGACAGACUGUCGUUGUGGAUGGUGGGUAUGUUUUAGCAGCUGGGACGGUCUGA